AUGAGCGAUGAAGAAGAUGAUAUUGAAGACGUGGGCGGAGACCUUGAGUCCCGCCCCUCUUUGCUCCCCUCUGCUUCCUCUCGGCCUUCUUUUCCGGUGGAUGGGCACGUAAAGUCGCGUCCACGCGCAUCCUCGUCGUCUCGCGCUUCUUCUCCUCGUUCCUCCUUCCUUUCGACUUCUUACUUGUCUUGCCCAGUCUCCGCACCGACGCCGCCCGACCCCCGUCUAGAGCCGAAGCCUGCACAUGCGAAAUCCGCGUCUCAGCCCCUUUCCACUGCUCCUGCGGCGCACUCGGCCCCGCGAGGAAGUUUUUCUUCUCCGUCCUCCUCCUGCACACCUGCGUCGUCUCUUUAUUCCACGUGUUCGUCCUCUCCGUCGGCUUCCUGCUCCUUCCCCGCUGAAGACAGCCGGCCGCCGGAGUCGACAGGGGAGAAGACAGAAUGGUCUCCCGAGCGUAGCCGCUUGCAGAGAGACGCUGCGAGCCAUGGUGGGCUGGGGGCCUUGGAGGCUGCGGAGGGCCUGACAGCGUCAGUUCCCUCUGUCUCCGGAGGAGAAGCCUCGGGAAAAGCGGCGCAUGCUGCGGCGCAGGACAGCUUCGUUUCGCCGCACACAGACGAUGGUGUUGCUAAGGCAGGGGCACGGGCUGUCCAGGAGCUCCUCUCUGUGUGCAAUGCACUUCUCUCGGCAGCGGUCAACGACCAGGAGGAAAGGGAGAGAGGAAGCUCCUUUACCUCUCCGCGCGGGCCUUCGCCUCCGUUUCCUUCUGCCAACGCAGAGGACCUAAGAGUGGCGCUGGUGAAGGCGCAGAGUGCAGUUUUCGACUUUUGGCCUUUCACGAAUCAUGCCCAACCCGCAUGUCUCGUAGACUUCUGCUCCUUAGUUUCCAGGUAUCAAACGGCGCGAGCGGGGAGGGCGGCGCAAAGCUCUGCAUCAGACCCUGAGGACUCAGGCCGCCAUAGCGCGGGAAGUCACCAUGGCAGUCUUAGCACGAGUCAGCACACGUGCGCUUCAGCGCCUCCGGCGCGAUCUCUCAUACUCGAACCGAGCAACGACGAAAUGGAGGACCUGUUUGCCGUUCUCACGUCGCCGAAUCGGUCGGUAGAGAGGAAGAAAAAAAACGAAGGCGACGCCGAGGAAAAGUCCAAAAGCAUCUCGGCCAGAGGCGGGCGCCCUCGCGGGACAGAAGACGGGGCCCAGGAGAUGCAUGAGGCCGCUCAAAAAGAGGUUUCUGCGUUCUCCGCGCCUCCUGCGGCCGCAAGAGGUCGCCCGUUCUCAAACAGACCCUCGACUGUGAGCAGUGGCGACGAGGUGAAAGACGACGUCCGCGUUGGCGAUGAUGACGGAGGAGACCUUGACUGCAGCCUGAUCCUGCCGCCUUCGUCUUUCUGCGGGGGCGACGCCGCGACAAAGGGGGAAGGCAUUCCCACGUUUUCUCAGGAGGACCUUCCACUUCUCGCCGGCCGCAGAAAGGCGUCAAAGAAGCAAGCUGCCUUCGCUUCGAAGACCUCAUCCCUCCCUACGCCUUGCGCCUCUGUGGCGGCACCCACAGGACGCGCCGACGAAUCCUGCGCUCUCCUCUCAGCCUCUGAACCAGAGGAAGACAGCGGAAGCAUCGCAUCCUGGGCGAACGCCCGGCGCAGGAAGGAGCGCCAGGUUUCGGCGUAUUCUGCUUCCUCGCCGGCGGCCUCUUCUCGCGGUCACGAAUGCGGCGGAGAAGGCAGCGGUGCGAGGGAAAGCGACGCGCAGGAUCCCUUCCACGUGGCGUUCCAGCGCAUGCAGACGAUCUUUGGCCGCGGCGCAAGAGAUAGAGGAGACAAGAGAGACAUGGAGCGCGGCAAGAAACGAGCUACUCUCGUGUGUGGGUCGACGACGCGGGAGCUCGUGCAAGACCUCCCCGUUCACCUCCGCAGGUGGUUCGGCCGGAAUUUCCCCUUCUCUGUGAAAAUCGACCGCAUCAACAAAGAGGUCUUUGGGCACGAAGACUUUCGCGGGCUCCAGCUGGGCGCGGUCAAUGCCAUCAUGAGCGGCAGGGACUGCUUCCUGGUCAUGCCAACAGGCGGAGGCAAGAGUCUCUGUUUCCAGCUGCCGGCCUACGCGCUCGGAGGGCUCACUCUCGUGAUUUCUCCGCUGCUGGCCUUGAUGGGCGACCAGCUCCGGUCCCUCAAGAAGUUGGGCGUUGAGGCGGCCAAAAUCGAUGGAGAAAUCUCUAAAAGCGAUCUGCUUGCGGUCUACGACGAGCUGAGUCAGCCCACCUUCUCGCUGCGCAUUCUGAUGGUGACCCCGGAGUUCCUCGCGCGCUCCGAAGGCCUCAUGAGCGUCCUCCAGGGCGUCUACGGCCGCGGCCAGUUGAGCCUCCUGGUGAUCGACGAGGCGCACUGCGUGUGCCAGUGGGGCGAAGAUUUUCGGGCGGACUACCUCUCUCUGGGGAAGCUUAAAAAGACCUUCCGCGACGUGCCGCUGCUGGCUCUCACGGCGUCCGCCUCGCCCGAUGUCUUCUCCGAAGUCAAGCGGAUCUUGCGGAUUCCGAACUCGGUUGACUUCCGCAUGUCUAUCAACCGGCCGAACCUGUUUCUCGAAGUUCGAGAGAAGUCUCGGCACACCAUCUACGAUGUUCACCGCCUGCUCUCGACGCCGCCGCUGAAAGACGAAGCAGGCAUCAUCUACUGCCUCUCCAUCAAGGACUGCGAAGUUGUCGCGUCUCACCUCGUCGCCCUGGGCGUCCGCGCCGCACCUUACCACGCCAAAAUGGCACCACGAAGGCGUCAUGAGACUCAAGCGGCUUGGAUGGCGAGAGACAUCGACGUCAUCGUCUCCACGGUUGCGUUCGGCCUCGGCGUCGACCGCCCCGACGUCCGCUUCGUCUUCCAUCAUUCAGUGCCCCCCUCUCUCGAACGAUACUACCAGGAGAUUGGGCGCGCAGGCCGCGACGGGUUCGCUUCGCGCUGCAUUCUGUUCUACUCACCGUCGGACGUUCAGCGGGUCUCGAAGCUGCUCGUCGCGCGGCCGAAGCGGGGCUCUGGAGGCGAGAAGGGUGCGCAGGGGAGGCUGGGACGUCUCGAAAAAAUGGUGCACUUCUGCGAGGCGUCAGUCGAGUGCCGGCGUCAGCUCUUGCUGCAGGCCUUCGGCGAAGAGCUGCGAGACGCCAUUGCGUCGGUCUCCGUCGCAGACGAAGGCGAGGAGGAAGAGACGGACGCAAGCCGGCGCGGCGCCGAAGACGAGGGCGACCUCGGGUUGCAGUCCCGCGCGGAAGCAGAAAACCAGUGGAUGCGGAAGGGCAAGCUGUGCGCCAGGAGCUGCGACAACUGCUGGAAAAAAACACACCUGACAGUCCAGUACCACGACGUCACCGUGUACGCCCAGAAACUCGUUCUCCUUCUCCUCGCACAAGAGAGACUCUGUGGGACCGGCUACGGCUCCGGCCUCACGCGCAAGCAGCUCUGCGAUGCGGCCCGCGGAGACAUGCGCCGGCAUGCGUCUCUGCAGGACAAGCUGCGGCACAACGAACACUUUGGGUGUAUGCGGGGCAUCGCGACUGGCGACAUCGAGACGUUGAUCGGACACAUGGUGAAGGAUCGCUGGCUUAUCGAGUCCGUCGUCAAGAUGAAGGGAAAGUUCGCGUCCUACGUCGUUCUCCGACCAGGGGAGGCGGUGCACUCGCCGCUGAAGGGCCCCGAGCCGCUUAUCGUGCCGAACUUUUUGCCUUCCGCGGCUGCGUCUCGUCCAGCAGCCCAGAAGAUCUCUGUGCGCGCCCCGGCGUUGAGCCGGCAGGCAGACGAUGAGUCUGUCCCUCUCGCAGGCGCCGAAGGCCGCGGCAGCUCGAGAGGUCGCGACGGCGACGGCCGCGCCUUCUCUUCUGUGGGUGCGAACGGGGCCACGCCGCAGCUGAGCGCUGCAUCUCGGGCUAGCCGCGAGGCUCCGUUGCUGCGUCAUCCGCGGAAGAAGCAGAGAUUUCUUGUGGUGCCUGAGACGCUCGGACAGGACCCGACAAGCGAGGAGAGCGGCGAGUCCCCGCCCGAGUCGUCGGGCUCGUCCCUGGGGUCCUUGCAGGGGGGGGCAGGCCUUCUCGGCGACGACGAGCUGGACGACUCCCUCCUCGAGCUGCCUCUCCUCUCCACUCUCACUCCCUCGCCGUCGGCGCCUACGGAGCGAAGCGCUUCGGGGGAGGCGGACAGAGGUCGCGCCUUCUCGCGCUCCAUUUGCGAGAAACUACUGACCGCAGCGCCCCAGGCCGCAGGCCCGUCUUCGGCGCAGCGCGUGUACCUUCAGAAGCUUCUGCGAGAGGACGAAGGCGGGCGAAACCGCUGGAAGGCGGGCGACCAGGAAAUGGAGAGCAGAGACGCGAGAGGAGGCAUUCCAGAGUGCGGGGCAAUCGCGCACCCGCCUUCAGCUUCCCUGGGUCCUUCUGGUUCCUCGACGCCGCGCCCGCCCUCAGCAGCAGCCAUGAUAUGGAAGGCCCUCUCAGAGGACACGCCGCUAGACGACGCGGACGUCUUUGUCUCGGGUGCGGAGGGAGCAGGCGAGGCCAGAGGGAGAAGAAGCGGUAUGCACUCGCGCUGCGCGUCCCCCUCGCCCUCUGUCUCAGCGGACGCGCCAGAGGUCGAGGUGGACUGCAGAAUCCCCCCGGAGCCGGGGGCGCCCCACGAGGCGUUCUCUUCGUCUUCUGGUUUCGGCUCUGGGGGUGGAGCCCAAAGUGCACCAACCGUCCCCCAGCUGCAGCAGAAAGAGAGACGCACCCACCAGACGACUUUGACAACGUUCGUGAAACCGAAAAAGGCUUCUCCGCCCGUCGAGGGGGACGGCGGAGACAGAGACCGGUGGCGAGGCGAGGACCGCGGCGAAUCACGCGAGCGCGGGUACGGGGCAACAGGCACGAGGGAGGACGCGAGUGACUUUGUGGGCGCAGAAGUGGCGGAGAGAGAGCCUGAAGACAGCAAGGCGGCGGUCGUCGAAGCCAUUCGCCAGGCGCAAAUCGACGCAAUGAGACGCAACGGCGUCAAGCGGAAACUCCCUGCCAGCUGGCUCCGCAGGCCCUAG